GUGCGUUAAAUAUUACUGUUACGCAAAGCGCGCUCUGGCCUUUGCCCGUUUCCUAUCUUUCCAUUUUCUAUUCUCUCUGAUAUCACACACUGCUUUCACGGCCAAACAAACCAGCAGGCUCUGGCUCUGCAGUAAUUUACUAAUUUUACAGUUUUGGAGGUCACAUCGGGGCUUACCGGCCGACACGAGCACCACUGACGGAUACCGGCUCAUUUACUUUGAGGUAUGGAAAAUUCAAAUGGUUCGUCCAACUUCAGAAAUCUUGCAUACAAAGAAAGACAGUUACAACUUCCACCUAAAAGCACCAUGCAAUGCACUCUUCGAUCUGAUGCCAGUUCCAUUGGCAGAUCAGAAGUUUUUCCAGCGGCUAAUGGGGGACAAGUACACCACCAACGCACUUCAUCCGAUAGCUUGCUAUUAGAGGAACCACCCUAUUGGCUUGAGGAGCUCCUUGAUGCGCCAGAGACACCUAUGUGCAGAGGCCAUCGACGUUCAUCAAGUGACUCUAUUGCAUUCAUUGACAGAGCAGCUAAGCCAUUUGGAGAAGAUGGAUACAAGUUCAAAAGUAGUCCUGCCGAACCUUCUAUGGGGUCGUCCAACUUCGAUUAUCAAAGAGACCUGUCACACUUUUCCUACUUUGCAAACCCAAACAAUUCUGUUGCAUAUCAGAAAAGGGUGUGGGGAUCACCCUUCACCUCUGUUUCAUGCCCAAACAGCCAUUUAUCUACAAGUAAUGCCAGUAGUUUGAAAAAAUCAGUAGCAUCAUCGUGCAUUUCACAGGACUGUGAUGGGGGGCAGUUUAAAGCCAUUAUAGAGAGAGAUGGAGUAGAUCUGGAAGGCUCUUCAAUAAGAAGUGGUUGCUCUCAUCCUAGUCCUUCAGCAUCCCGGGCAGAUUCAAAACGUGCUAAACAGCAAUUUGCCCAAAAGUCCCGGAUCAGGAAACUCCAAUAUAUAGCUGAACUGGAAAGAGAUGUCCAAGCUUUGCAGGCCAAAGGAUAUGGAGUGUCAGCUGAGCUUGAAUUUCUUGACCAACAGAAUCUAAUAUUAGGCAUGGAAAACAUGACCCUCAAGCAACGGUUGGAAAGUUUAUCUCAGGAGCAAUUCAUAAAAUGCAGUAAGUUUCUUUUUAUAAGUUAGGAGUGUUUUCAUGCUUUUAUUUUUUUUUUACGCUGUUUUUUAUUACAUUUUUGAACGAAUAGCAUCAUUGACUGACCAGUGACCCAAAAUAAAAUAAAUAAAUAACAUCAGCUUAUAUUUUUUGUUCUCGCGCCUAUCUAUUACACUGGGCAUCCUUGAUACAAUCUCUCUCUCUCUCUCUCUCUCUCUCGGCUGUCUUUUCUAUAUUUUCUUCCAUAUCUCUUUUCCAACGCUAAAAUCAGAAAAUGGCCCUCAUUUGGCAUGACUUUUUUUGAAGAUCAUCCGUCAAUAGACUAAUAAAUGGGUGGUGCUUUACUUCAAAUGAGAUUUGCCCCACCAUCCCAAGGUGUCAUUCAUUGUUCAUGGACACUUGAAAUACUCCAUUUUUCUUAUAAGUAGCAGAACCUAACUAGAUCCGUGUUUCAUGGUAUUAUUUGUAUGCCCCGGACUUUGUCGUUGGUACAGUGGAACAGGAUAUGCUAAGGAGAGAAAUCUCUAGGCUUCGAUAUUUGUACCGCCAACAGCAGCAGCAGAUGCAGAAGCAUUCAACCGGUGGCCAAACCAAAACUAGAGAUCU